UUGCGCUAUCCAAAAAUAUAUUUUCUAGGUCUUCAAGCAAGAAAAAGAUUUCCUGCAGGAACACCCUUUAGUUCAGUUGUAUCUGAUCCUAGUUUCUCAGCUGGUGAUUAUGACUUCAAGUCUGCUCAACAACUUAUAGGAUUCGAUGAUCCACAGGCUUCCUACAUUGUAACUUUUAAUGAUCACAUUGCUUAUCGCUACGAGCCCAUAGGCUUACUUGGCAAGGGUAGUUUUGGUCAGGUUGUUCGAGCAAUCGAUCAUGCAACCGGCAACCAAAUUGCCUUAAAGAUAAUCCGAAAUGAAACGAGAUUUGCAAGACAGGCGGCAGAAGAAAUCAAAAUUUUGGAAACUUUGCGCAAUCAAGACAUGGAUGACAGCAAUAAUGUCAUACAUCUCUUAGACCAUUUUACCUUUAGAGGACAUGUGUGCAUGACAUUUGAACUGCUCAGCAUUAACCUCUAUGAACUAAUACAUAGGAACAGAUUUAAAGGAUUCUCUUGCGCUCUGAUUAUUUUUUCUAUAAAUAUACUUGCUUUAUAA